CUCCGCCCAGAGCCAACGGAGCUGAGGACUCACACCCACCACUCCCACCCCUCUACUGUCAGGGGAGAGCACACCCCACGCCUCCCCCUCCUCCACCACCCCCCUGCCUGACACUCCAGAGCCCAUCGUUAGGAAGAUGGGUGAGGGGCUGAGUCCCAGUCCAGUUCGCCGGGUUGCCGAGCCACUGCGUCAGACCACAGCCGAAAAUUCUCUCAUUGAGCCCACAGAAGUGCUUGUCUGCCAGAGCCCUGUUCUCACCGCCGAGCCAGUUCUCACACCUCUAGAGAAACUGAGGCGAACAGACGAGGUAAUCCGGGAAGCGCUGGAGGAAAAGAAGCGGUUGGUAGCAGAUAUCCUGCGAGUGUGCCACGUGAUGACUACGACAACAUCGCAGAGUUGGCAGCUGAGCCUAGUGGGGACAAGGAAGCUGCUGAGAUCUUGCUAGCUGCCGUCACGCAAGCCAACAAGUUGUGGUCUGUGGUGAACGAAGCAUUAAGAGUGACUGAAGAGGAGGCAGUGAGUGCCAGUGCCAGUGCCGGGCCGGACGGUACACGGCACCGGUUUCCUGGCGUGCCGGCACAUCAGCUGCACCACAUC